GAAUUCCAUUGGCCCAUGAAAGGAGACUUCGACUGCGGGGCAGCCCCGACUGGAAGGGCGAGCCGCGGCCAGCGCGCAGCCGGGCGGACAGUGCCUUCGGGGGCUCGGCAGGCCUGCGAGAUGGCGCCAAGGAGGAACGCGCGCUGCUGGCGCCUACUGUGGCUGCUUUCGGUCUCUGCGCUUCUCCCCGCUGUCACCCGGACCCGCUCCGCGACAGAGUCGGCUUCCCAGGGCCACCUGGACCUCACGGAGCUCAUCGGUGUGCCAUUGCCCUCAUCUGUGUCCUUUGUCACGGGCUAUGGUGGCUUCCCAGCCUACAGCUUCGGGCCUGGUGCCAACGUCGGCCGCCCGGCCAGGACCCUCAUCCCACCUGCCUUCUUCAGGGACUUUGCCAUCAGUGUCACGGUGAAGCCCAGCAGUGACAGAGGCGGCGUACUCUUUGCUGUCACCGAUGCCUUCCAGAAGAUCAUCUACCUGGGCCUGCGGCUCUCGGGCGUGGAGGAGGGCCGCCAGCGGGUCAUCCUCUACUACACGGAGCCGGGCUCCCACGUGUCUCACGAGGCUGCUGCCUUCCUGGUGCCCGUGAUGACCCACAGGUGGACCCGCUUUGCGGUGGUCGUCCAGGGCGAGGAGGUGAUCCUCCUCGUGGACUGCGAGGAGCACAGCCACGUCCCCUUCCAGCGGUCCUCUCAGCCCUUGGCUUUUGAGCCCAGUGCAGGAAUCUUUGUGGGCAAUGCAGGAGCAACGGGGCUGGAGAGAUUCACCGGCUCCAUACAGCAGCUCACCGUCCACCCUGACCCCAGAAUCCCUGAGGAGAUGUGUGAAGCCGAAGAAUCCUCGGCUUCAGGAGAAGCCAGCGGGCUUCUGGAGACAGAGGGCGUCGCUGAGAUCUUGGAAGCUGUCACCUACACUCAAGCCCCGUCUAAAGAAGCAAAAGUUGAACCCAUAAACACACCUCCAACUCCAUCACCUCCUUCUGAGGAUGCGGAGCUUUCUGGUGAGCCUGUACCUGAGGGGACUCCGGAAACCACCAACUUGAGUGUCAUCACGCACAGAAGCCCUGAGCAAGGGUCUGGUGAGGUCCUGAAUGGCACACUGGAGGGAGUUCAUACUAUGGACGGUGCCCCCAUUACAGAUGUUGGCUCUGGGGAUGGGGCCUUCAUUCAUGUCACUGAAGAGGGUGUGCAUGCCGGAGAAGGUUUGGCAGCCACAGCGGCAGUCGGGGAGGCUGAGGUGCCCACCAGCACCGCCAGGGAAGCAGAGACCAGCGGUGUGCCCACUGGGGGGCCAGCCCUCUCCUUGUCCACUGAGGUCAUGGGGGAAGGGGUCACUCUGGGUGCAGAUGCUGAAGAAGGCUCGGCAGCCGCUGAAGAAGGCUCGGCAGCCGCUGCAGCUGGAGAGGCCGAGGUGCCCGGGAGCACCGCCGGGGAAGUGGAGACUGGCAGUGUACCCAUGGGGGGAGCCACCUUCUCCAUGGCCAUCCAGGACACCGGGGAAGGGGUGACACGGGUUGCAGUCGGUGAAGGAAUGUUCACAACACCAGCAGCUGCAGCAGAAGUGCCCCUCAGCACUUCUGAGGAAGAGGAGACUCGCAGGGUCCCCACAGGUGGCCUGGUUCCCCCUACACCCACAGCGGCCCCUGAGCAAGUGGUUGCUUCUGGUUCUGGUGAUGAGGAGGACCUGGCAGCAGCCGCAAGAGAGGAGUCCCUGUCUGGGACUGUGGCCGAAGAGCUGGACAGCAGUCCCCCUGAGGGGCCACCACUGCCCAUACCCACAGUGGCUUCUGAAAGAGGGGUUACUCCGGCCGAAGCUGGGGAGGGGCUUCCUGGCCCCCCUGAACCUGCCAGGCCUACCGGACCCACGGUGGGAGCUGAGGCCGAGGGCUCCGGCCUGGGCUGGGGCUCGGACGGCGGCUCUGGCUCUGGUGAGCCCGUGCGCGGUGAGGAGCUGUUAAGAGGUCCCCCGGGCCCCCCGGGCCCCCCUGGGAUUCCAGGAAAACCAGGAACUGAUGUUUUCAUGGGACCCCCUGGAUCGCCUGGGCAGGAUGGAGCUGCUGGUGAACCCGGGCCCCCGGGCCCUGAGGGACAGCCUGGAGCUGAUGGAGCCUCCGGCCUUCCUGGGAUGAAGGGAGAGAAGGGCGCAAGAGGGCCUAAUGGCUCAGUCGGUGAAAAGGGCGACCCUGGCAACAGAGGCUUACCAGGACCUCCAGGGAAAAAUGGACAAGUUGGCUCUCCUGGGGUCAUGGGACCCCCUGGGCCUCCUGGACCCCCAGGGCCCCCGGGUCCUGGAUGUGCAACGGGACUUGGGUUUGAGGAUACUGAAGGAUCUGGAAGCAUCAGGCUGUUACACGAACCCAGAAUCUCUGGACCAGUGGCUCCGAGUGGUCCCAAAGGAGAAAAAGGAGACCAGGGACCCAAGGGUGACAGAGGCAUGGAUGGAGCCAGCAUUGUGGGACCCCCUGGACCCAGGGGGCCGCCCGGUCGCAUCGAGGUCUUGUCCAGUUCCUUGGCCAACGUCACCCACGGGUUCAUGAAUCUCUCGGACAUCCCUGAGCUCACUGGGCCUCCGGGUCCGGAGGGCGUACCUGGGCUGCCAGGAUUUCCAGGCCCUCGAGGACCAAAAGGUGACACCGGUGUGCCUGGAUUUCCAGGACUGAAAGGAGAACAGGGUGAGAAGGGAGAGCCAGGUGCCAUCCUGACCGGGGACAUUCCUCUGGAACGGCUGCAGGGGAGAAAGGGUGAACCUGGAGUGCAUGGAGCCCCGGGACCAAUGGGGCCCAAAGGACCGCCGGGACACAAAGGAGAGUUUGGCCUUCCCGGACGACCUGGUCGCCCGGGACUGAAUGGCCUCAAGGGCGCCAAAGGAGACCGAGGGAUCAUGAUGCCGGGCCCACCUGGCUUACCCGGUCCUCCAGGGCCCCCAGGACCCCCUGGAGCUGUGAUUAACAUCAAAGGAGCUGUCUUCCCCAUACCAGUCCGGCCACACUGCAAAACGCCGGUAAGUAGUGUGGAGUCACCGCCUUACAGACCAGACUUCGGCAUAGAAAGCAACCUAGAGAAGGCUGACACCACUCAUCCUGGGAAUUCAGAGCUCAUCACCUUUCAUGGUGUUAAAGGGGAAAAAGGAUCCUGGGGUCUUCCAGGCUCGAAAGGAGAGAAAGGCGACCAGGGGGCCCAAGGACCACCAGGCCCUCCGGUGGACCCGGCUUACCUGAGACACUUUCUGAACAGCUUGAAGGGGGAGAAUGGAGACCGGAGGAUCAAUGGAGAAAAAGGAGACUCUCACGGUGACUUCUCUGUGUCGGGGCCUCCAGGCCCGCCAGGAAGUCCUGGCUUGGUUGGCCAGAAAGGGGAGACUGUCGUUGGGCCCCAGGGACCCCCGGGGGCUCCUGGCCUGCCUGGGCCUCCUGGCUUUGGAAGACCUGGAUCCCCUGGGCCACCAGGACCCCCAGGGCCACCAGGACCACCAGCGAUCCUUGGAGCAGCUGUGGCCCUUCCGGGCCCACCCGGCCCUCCAGGACAGCCAGGGCUUCCCGGAUCCAGAAAUCUGGUUACGGCAUUUAGCACCAUGGAUGACAUGCUGCAGAAAGCACAUUUGGUCAUUGAAGGGACGUUCAUCUACCUGAGAGACAGCACUGAGUUCUUCAUUCGGGUCCGAGAUGGUUGGAAGAAAUUACAGCUAGGAGAACUGAUCCCCAUUCCCGCUGACAGCCCACCACCCCCUGCGCUCUCCAGCAAUCCACAUCAGCCACCACCUCCGCUGAUGCCGCUUUCAAGUGUCGGCUACGAGAGGCCUGCACUGCACUUGGUUGCUCUGAACACACCAUUCUCCGGGGACCUUCGAGCAGAUUUGCAGUGCUUCCAGCAGGCUAGGGCUGCAGGGCUGUUGUCCACCUACCGGGCCUUCUUAUCCUCCCAUCUGCAAGACCUCUCCACGGUUGUGAGGAAAGCAGAGAGAUACAGCCUUCCAAUAGUGAACCUCAAGGGCCAAGUACUUUUCAACAAUUGGGACUCAAUUUUUUCUGGCCACGGAGGUCAGUUCAAUACACACGUUCCAAUAUAUUCCUUUGAUGGCCGAGACGUGAUGACGGAUCCUUCCUGGCCCCAGAAGGUCAUUUGGCACGGCUCCAGCCCCCACGGAGUGCGUCUUGUGGAUAACUACUGUGAAGCGUGGCGGACGGCUGACAUGGCCGUCACGGGACUGGCCUCCCCACUGAGCGCAGGGAAGAUUCUGGACCAGAAAACAUAUAGCUGUGCUAAUAGGCUCAUUGUUCUGUGUAUCGAAAACAGUUUCAUGACAGAUGCCAGGAAGUAAUGACCUUCCAAUGAUUCGUAAGCGUUUUCCAGUUUUCCUUAUGUGAAGAGUUGACACUGAAAUCUAAAAGGUUUAAAUGUUGUAAAUAUUAGUUUUUUAUUACACAUUCGUCACAACAGCAACCAAAGAAAACAUACCUCAAUACACUCCAAACUGAAGACAUAAAGGACUCAGAUCACAAAUAAAAUCUGAUCCAUCUAUUGGUGCUAGAUUCUGCAGGAGACCCCGUGCAGUGUGAACACAUCCCAACACGGUUAAGAGCAAGUUGAAAACAAAGGCCUUGGCAUCCUGCCCCCUGCAUCCUUCAGAAACUAAUUUCCUCCUUUAACCAUCGCUGCUGAGUGUAAGAUGUCCUUCAUGUUUUCUCACAAAGUCAGUGUUUAGACAUGUUCCCCUUUCUAUGUGCCGACCGAACGCUUUACUCUUCAUGCAUCCGUAAUAUACAGCCGUCCUUGGCUGCUCAGACAGACAGACAGAACUGCUCGAAUGACCCCAUUUGGAUUUUCUGAUAUUACCAGCCUUAUUGUUUAUUUCCUAAAAUAUUAUUGCCAUCGUGCUUUAGGAGUUUUAUAUUUUUACCCAAUCAUAUUUUAGUAUGGCACCUGUUUAUAUGACUCUGACUUGCUGGAAAAGUGCAAACUCCAAAUGAUCUGCAACUAGAAGAGAAAUAGCGCAUAAUAACUACCUUUCCCUUGGUGGCCCUUCCCCCCGCCCCCACCCCCAAUUUUAUGACUUCCAUGGGGCAACUCUCGGAUUACAACUGCCGUUGAACCAACAGGUUCAUCAGGAUGAAUUUUUCUGAGACGCAUAUAUCUUCGUGCUGUAUACUUUGAUUUUUUUUUUCCAUGUAAGUGAACAUAAAAACAGCUUUUCCAGGCA